ACUUUCAGUAAGUUAGUUCACCUUAUAUAAUUACGUCUCAAAUAUCUUGAAUUAUGUUAUGUACACACGAAGGGAAGUGAUACAUGUUGCACUUUUUCGUUAACCAUAGUUUUCUCAUUAGAUUUUUCUUGUAAUGGUUUUAACGAAGCACCAUGUUGUGCAUUUUAAAGUACUUUAAUAUAACACGGACACUAAGUAGAAAUGUUAUAAAUAUUAUGUGAUGUCUGGAAAGUAUUUGAUUUGUUCAUUUUUUCAAUAUUUUACUUGUUCUCUAACUUAGUUCUCAAGUAGCUGUAUUUAUAUAUAAAAAAGCUCAUCAUUCAUGGUAUAAGUCUAAGGUACACAAAUUCUUUUUUAAUUCUCUUCUUACUUACAACAAAACUGAAAAAUGUCAAAGAAAAAACCAUGAAAUUUUUUCAAAUUAACAAAAUCUUAAAACUUUUAUAAAUUUUGGCAUACCUAAUCAUAUUUGGAAUUGAAGAACUAAAUAGAACCGGAGAAAAGGGGAUUUGAUUCAGAUUUGGUUCCAACCAAUUACACAAUCACAUCAUAUAUCUCUAGAACUAAAGAACUAUAACUGAACUGAAAUCAAAUCAAAACCAAACUGAAACUAAAUCAAGAACCGAAUAGAUAUCCAAAUUUAUAUAAUAUAAUUUAUAAAUACUAACUAUAUUCAAUUUUAAAAUAAUCAAAUAAUUUAAAAUAUUAUUUAUAAACUGAAAUACCGAAAAAAUGAUUACCAUGAUACUUUUAUCCAAAAUAUUUUAAAUUAUCCAAAUUAUCUAAAUUUUUAUCUAAAAUCCAAAAAAUGACAUUUAAUCCGAAAAUCUUGGAUUUUUUACUUUUAUCAUGAAUUACCAAAAAAAUUGAACUAACCCCGAACCAAAUAGGAUCCAAAAUUAUCUUGGUUAUUAAUCGGUUCCUAACUUUGUUACCCGAACAAAAAUGAGAACCGAAAAAACUGAACCAAAACCAAACUAAAAUUUCUAAAUUACCGAAUAUAUGCUAAACCUCUAGAACCCAAAAACCGAAGAACUGACCUGGAAACGAAACGAACCCCCAUGGCUAGGUAUACAUAUUGUCAAUUUAGUUUUGUCCACUUUAACCAUUACCCAAUUUGGUAUUCAGCUCAUUUAGAGUGCUUUUAAGUUUUAACUGAGCGUGAUAACAUGUCCAUAACAAAUUGGAAUGGGCAUUGAGAGAAAUUAACAGCUAUAUUUGGAACUUAACCUAAACUAGCUUUCGACGUUCGUAAAUGGUUAUUUUUGGCGCCAUCAUAAUGAACAUGCUUCUCAUAUUUUCGGCUUAAUCCUUAUCUGAAUAUUACAUAAGAGAGUAAUAAAACCCAAGAAGAAUAUUGAAACGUUUCUAGUACCUAUAAGUAUAACUUGACUUUAGCAUGCGAUAAAAGAAGAAUAUUGAAACUAAUUAACAAUUGUUUAAUUAAAUUAAAUUAAAAGAAGAAUAUUGAAACUAAUUAACAAGAGUUUCUUGGAAAAUGUUGAAAGAAUAACCCAAGAAGUGCCAUAUUCGGUUCAUUGGUUACUUCAUAGUUGCAUUUAAUUAAAUAAAAUUAAAAGAAGAAUAUUGAAACUAAUUAACAAGAGUGUCUUGGAAAAUGUUGAAAGAUAUCAUUUCCGAAGUUUGUGGACUAUUGGCAUUCCUCUUUCUUUUAAUGUAGACGAAAGUGAUAGUAAGAGUUACACCAGAUUUGUUUUCUUCGUCUCUAUAAAUUCUUCUGCAAAAGUCCUCUAAAGUACUCCAUUUGCUUUCUACUUGUCAUUUUCGUUGCUUGCUUCUUAAAACAUUUCUAACCUUACUUAGGUUGAUUCUCGCUGUUUCUCUGAUGAAUAAUCUUUUAGAAAGACGAAGGGCCGUGGAAAAAAACGAGAAAACAACUCUGUUUGAUAGAGUAUCUUCUUGGUCUAUCAAAGAUAUUCUCAACAGAGACCUCUUUAAGCAAAAGAGAAAGAUAAUACCAGACAGGUUUGGAACUGUCUAUGAAUACGUUCACUGCUUCAUUCCUCACCUACUCGAAGAAACUCGAACCGAGUUGUUCUCGAGCUUAAAAUCUUUAUCUAGGUCUCCUGUCUUUUUCACACAUUCUAUGGAGAAAAGGAUCAAGGAAUCUAGUGGAAGUUCGUCGAACACAUUGCUCUACGACAUAACAUUAAGCAAUGAAGAUAAUUUUAGUGCCAAGUACCAGCCAAAAUGUGGAGAUCUCAUUGCUCUGACCAAGACAAGGCCAAGAAGAAUUGAUGACUUGGAUCCCUUACUCCUUGUCUACGUAUUCAAGAUGGAUGGUGAUCUUAUCAUCUCUGUGCAUGUGUCUAGAUCGUUAUCUCCUGGUGAGAAACAUUCAAUUCGUUUUGGUGUUUCCCUCACGACUUUAACAACAAACACAAGAAUUUGGAAUGCUUUGCACAACGAAGCAGCUAAUUCGACUCUGAUCCAGAGUGUUCUUCAGGGAAAUAACCAGGCUACAGAACAGUGUUUUUGUUUUGGUAAUGACGAUGACGAUUCUGACCGUGUUUUGGAUAUAAUCCGUUCAACCAAAUUGAACAAAUCCCAAGAAGCUGCAAUCUUGAGCUGCGUGAAGACAACAAACUGUAGUCACAAGAACACUGUCAAACUGAUAUGGGGACCUCCGGGUACAGGUAAAACGAAGACAGUGGCGACCCUUCUCUUUGCUCUUCUCAAGCUACGGUGCAAAACAGUUGUGUGUGCUCCUACAAACACAGCUAUUGUAGAGGUAACACAGAGACUUUUGGCUCUAUUUAAGGAAACCUGCUCGUCAGAACUUGCUACUUGUGGGCUGGGGAGUAUUGCCUUAUCCGGAAACCGAGAGAGAAUGGGAAUAGACAAGAAGGAUGAUCUUCUCAAUGUGUUUCUUGAUGAGCGCAUUGCUAAACUUGGUCACCUGUUCUCGCCAUCAUCCUCUGGUUGGAAUCAGAGGUUAGAGUCACUGAUACAAUUUCUUGAGAACACAGAGUCUGCUUACAAUGACUAUGUAGAUCCACUUGAGGACAACUCAGAGCCUUACAGUGACUAUGUAGAUCAAUCUGAGGAGGAAGAGGAGAAAGAUACUUUUGGAGAGUUUGUCAGGGACGCUUUUAGUUACUUAAGUGAAGACCUAGAGACGGAUAUGGUUGAUCUCUACACUCAUCUUCCAAAGUCUUUCAUUUCACCUGGAGUUGUGAAGAAAAUGGAGGCAGCCCGUCAAGCGCUUCAACGCGUCAGAUACUUCUUGAAGGAGAAUGGCUCAGGAGAUCAGUUGAUAGAGGGAAGCUUUAAAAUGGACUGCUUCAAGAGACUCGUCACUUUUGACUGUCUCCAGGCUCUAAGUUUGCUACCAAAAUGUUUUGAGGAGAUUCCAGACUUGUUGGAAACUGAAGAUAUCAAGAAAUUUUGUCUCCAAAACGCGGAUAUAAUCUUCUGCACAGCCUCAGGUGCUGCGGAACUGAAUCCAGGAAGAACUGGAAGUAUAGAGCUUCUCGUGGUCGAUGAGGCGGCUCAGCUUAAAGAAUGUGAAUCAGUUGCUGCAUUGCAGCUUCCUGGUUUGCGUCACGCUGUUCUAAUAGGAGAUGAGUACCAGUUACCAGCAAUGGUUCAUAACGAGGAAUGCGAGAGGGCGAAGUUCGGAAGAAGUUUGUUUGAGAGGUUGGUUCUGCUUGGUCACAACAAGCACUUGCUUAACGUUCAGUACCGGAUGCAUCCUUCCAUUAGCCGUUUCCCUAACAAGGAGUUUUAUAGUGGGAUGAUCACAGAUGCUCCGGUUGUUCAAGAAAGCAUUUAUCAGAAGAGGUUUCUUCAAGGAAACAUGUUUGGUUCCUUUUCUUUUAUCAACGUUGGUCGCGGACAAGAAGAGUUCGGUGAUGGACAUAGCCCUAAGAACAUGGUUGAAGUUGCUGUGAUUGCUGAGAUCAUAUCUAAUCUUUCCAAAGUUUCAAGUGCAAGAAAGAUGAAGGUGAAUGUUGGGGUGAUAUCACCUUACAAAGGACAAGUCAGAGCCAUCCAAGAGAGAGUCGGUUCCUUACCAUCAGGUCAGCUUUUGACUCUGAAUGUUCGAUCUGUGGACGGGUUUCAAGGAGGGGAGGAGGACAUCAUCAUCAUCUCAACCGUUAGAAGUAACGGUAACGGCAAAGUGGGGUUUCUGAGCAACCGGCAGAGAGCAAACGUGGCACUGACUAGAGCAAGGCAUUGUUUGUGGGUGGUUGGGAACGAGACGACUUUGGCACUAAGUGGUUCGAUAUGGGGGAAGCUGAUAAGCGAGGCAAGGUCACGUGGAUGUUUCUUUGAAGCUGCUGAUGAGAAGAAUCUGAGAGAUGCCAUGAAUGAUGCUUUGCUGGAAGAUGUGUCUUCGAGUUUCGGAACUCUUUCUAUUGGGAGGAAUAGGGGAAGAGGUGGUUGGUAGUUUUUUUUAUAAAAAAAUUGUCUCAUUGUCUCAUUUUCUGUUUUGUUUUUUUUGAGUUUUUAUUUUGGUAUGAAAACUUUGUGUGGGAUUUAUGAUUUUAUUAUGGUAUUUUUCUAUUUUGGUUUCCAAA